GAAAUACUCCGCGACCAAGCAGCUUUAGCGAUAGUAAGCGCGCGCGUGUGUGUUGCUCGCGGUUCUGCGCUUUUUGUGGCAGUGAGGGUUGUUUUUUUUUGCCUUGUUGGGUGUAUGAAAGAACUGGAAGCGAAGAGAUAGGAUAGGCGAGAUGAUCGAUCGAGUGAUGCUACGGAAAAAGAUUCCAUUCUCGAUACUCGGGCUCUAGUGAAGUGAGGAACUCUUCCGCAAAUUGUGGCCUUUUUAGAGCAGUGUAUUAUAAAUUACUGUGAUUUUGUGCACACGAACACGAAAAAUCAACGCACUUUUAUCCCCCUCCUGCGGCGGUCGCGGUGGUUCUGUGUUGACAUUUUGCCCCGCUCAUGCCACAAACGGCCGACGAGGUGGAAGAAGAUGGCAGCAAAAAUAUGGUCUCCAACCUGCCGCUCCUGUUCGCGGACGGCUACCCUUCGUCACUGCAGAAGAUCACCGAGCCGCAGCUGGAACGGUUCAUCCCGUUCAUGGUGCAGUGCUCGCUCGGCUACGUCCACAUCCAUUCGAUGACCGAGUUCAACAAGCCGGAAUGGUGGCCGACCGAUCUGGAGUUUACGAAACCGUUCCGACGACCGAAAUCAUUCACAGGGAAUUGGCUGCAAAAGAUGCGAGAGAUCGUGGUAGUGUGCUACACCUUCCACCACAGCGUCUACCUGCUGCGGUACUGUUCCGAUCUGGCGAAGUAUCAACCGACGGCGCUACGGUUCAUCAACAAUUACAACUCCACCACGUCCCUAUUUGAGCGAGCCACGAACAAGCUGCUGGUUACGUUUCGCAAUGAAAAUAUGCUGUACGACCAGGAGCAGAAGAUCAACAGUCGCAAGUGCCUGCUGCCGAAGCAAUCGAACUCGCAAUCGAGCUUGGCGACCCAGGAGGAAAUGGUCAUAUCAGAAAGCUUCGAUAUCUAUCUCUGCGACAACUGUGAUGCCGAGCUAUAUUCCUACGGUGCACUGGUGGAACACGAGAAAACCUGCAAUAGCGAGCAAAGCAAUCCAGAGCUGGAGUACACUAGCGACGACGAUGACGUGAUCUUUUGUGGAGAAGUGUGCGGUGACCAGCAGCUGCCACUCGACGAGGAAGCCCGUGCACAAGCAGAGCAGCAAAAGAUGGUAUGCUUCCUGUCGCAGAACUUCAUGCUGCGCUGCACAAAACCAACAGAACCGUCGAGCGGUUCGUCGCUCGUGCCCGUUCCGAAGUCAAACAGCACCGAGACGGAAGACAGUGGCACGGUGGCACCGGGCGCAAACCAUCGCCACGUACCUAGACGCACCCGCCAAGUCGUUACCCUCGCCAAAUGCGCUCAAAUUCCGCUCUCGUCACCGUUGGGACUGUUUAUGCUAAAAACUUCCAAAACCAUCACCACCGCGGACUACCUGUCCGAGCGGUUCGAUCGCAUGGAACGAUUCUGUCUCGCACCGAGCUUACCGCCCGGUGCCGGUUUCCUAAUGCGACAGCGGCUGCUUAAGGGUGGCUCGUCGGAAGAGCUGGCCGCCCACGAUCGGCGGCUGCCGAAGUGGUUGUUUGCGAAGCCCAAAACGGGUGGCGGACCAAACGGGUGCACCGUGACAUUCAAACGGGCGGCGGACGACUCGAGCGAACGGUCGAUACGGCACUACAAGCAUCCCCGGCGACAGCUGUCCCGCAAGCAUUGGGAGGAAAACUUCCUGUUCUACAACAAACUGCUGCUGGAGCGUUGCCGACCGUUUGUGGUGGCGUUAAUAAGACUGACGCCUGCUGAAGUGCAGGAGAUUGCAAUGUUGCCCGGCAUCGAGCGGCAAAUCAGGGAAGCGGAGCUAGCGGCCAGCCUGGAACGGCAGCGGCGGAAAGAGCUGGCGGAAAUUGCAGACAGUGCAAUGAUCAUUGACAGCAUCGAUCUCUGCUCGUCGGACGAGGAACACACGCAGGAGGACGAGGAUGGACAGGAGCUGUUCGCCACUGGCAUGGUGCCGGAGGUGCACAUGAGGGAGGAUGAUGAGGAGGAUCAGCAGGAGGAGGGCAGAAACGCGAUGCAGCAGGAACAGAAUACUCUCACUAACAACCAGCCCGUGGCGCAGGACGAAAUCGAAACGAUCGUGUUGGAAAUGGACGACAGUAUGGGCAGCGACACGAACGCUAGCUUCUACGAAAAUCGUUCCUCCCAGCAGAAGGGUGCAUUACCGGGCGGUGUGCACCCUCCAGCCGUACCGAGCAUAGCGAAGAAAUCGGUCCUGGGCACGAUGCUUAGCGAGAGCACGUACCGGUUGAACCAGUCACUUCCGGCGGCCGUUACGAACGGGCGUCAUCUGGAAGAGCUUGCCGCACCGCUGUACCUGUACGGGAACUGCAGCCAAACGGCAGCAGUGACUAUUGUCGACGAGACGCCACCGCUCGCCAACGGCAAUCGAUUCGGCACCGCCCGAAAGGGCAGCAGUUUGCCGUCGAAGGAGAACGUGAUGAACGGGUUUGGGGGCACUGGCGGCAGCCCCGCAAACGGCGAGAGUGCCGCCGUUCCCGUGCACCAUCAGGCGACGGCACAAGCGCGCACGCUGCUACUUGCCGCACCGAUCACCAACGGUCAUACCCUAUUCGGAACCAUUCCAGUUUCGUUCGGCAGCGGUGCGAGCUUGCACCCGCGUACGAGCGCUUCCGUUGUCCAGUCGAUUACGACGACGUCCUGCGUGAACCAAACGGUGCACGGGCACGCGUCGCUCAAUGGGCCGACCUCGGCGACUGUCACCGGCACAGCCGCAGCCAAUCUCCAGUAGGAAAAUAAAUUUACAGUAAUUGUAUACAUGUUAGGAGCUCUUUAGACCUAUUUAUGAGACGCAAGCGAACAGAGAGAAUCUGAGUGGCAGUUAUACUUUUGUUUCCUCUUCAUAGCUUUCAUUUUGAAUCCGUUUUCCACAACGGUUUUAUUAUGUUACAUUUUGUCUUACGUCGGAACUGAUACACAUUCGACGAGAAAUGUAAAUAAUUAUGCAGACUACGUUGAUUUUGCUGUUUUGUUUUGCUGGUUUCGCUCGUUCCUUACUGUGGCAAGACAAAUUCCUGUCCGUCUUGAUUGACCUGGAUAAAACUCACCUACAGUUUCAUAUUAUGUACUCUUUUGCUCUGCUUGAUCGAGCUUACAAGGUAACACUGUGAUGUGUGAGUCGAGAUGAGCUUGAAUGUGUUAAUUUAUUCCUCUUUUCCAUACGUAACAUGCUUUACAGUUCUCGUUCCAUACCACUGUGGGUCGUUAUGCGAAACUAAACCUUGGUGGCUUAGAAAUUAUUAUUUUUAAUACAACAACAACAACAAAAAACAUCGCAUCAUGUCUCUCUAAAGUACAUAGAUUGGCGUUGUACAUAUCUUUACGAAUAAAAAAAAUAUGACUCAACGAAAUGGA